AUGCUGUCGGCGUGGUUUUCGUUCAGUAGUAGUCAGGCUCCCGAGCAUCUCGCCGAGUGGAACGGCCCCCACCGGCGACGCGAGGCGGGAGUCGUUUGCAAGGAUGUGCCGAAGGAAAUUUCCACUGAGAUUUGCGAGAUGUUCGAGGAUAAGAUUCGUGCGCGCAACCAAAAGGCGCGUGCUCCGAAUGCGGCGAUCGCGGCGGUGAGCGGCAGGAGCGAGGCAAAAGGGAAGGGGAAGCGCGGGCGCAUGGAGGACCUUUACGGCGAGGGUGGAAUGGCGGCAAGGUGGGCGGCCGACGAGGCGAUCGUCCUCUACCUCGCGGGAACGCGCACGUCGGAGUCUCAGUGCGAGCACCCGCUCUUCCUCAACAUGCUGCGAGCCGUCACCGCUGCCGGCCCGAACUACGUCCCCCCCACGCGGCACUACGUCGGAGGCGCCGGCCUGCAUGAGUGCAAGCAGCGGAUCGAGAAGGCGUUGUCGCCAGUGACGAAGUCGUGGAGGGAGACGGGCGUGACCAUCGCCAGCGACAUGAUGCAAGACAAGGGCGGCCGCGCCGUUCUACGGCCGAUCAUCGAGCGCAUCGGGGCAGGGCACGUCGUGGCGUUGUGCACGGAUGGCGGAAGCAACUACAAAACUGUUGGCAAGCUGUUGCAGAAGGAGUGGCCGCAUCUCGACCUCGUUCCCUGCGCCACGCAUGUGCUGGACCUGCUGAUGGAGGACAUCGGCAAGAUGGAUUGGAUGAAGCUGCACAGCGAGGAGAAAUCGAUGCAGGUGUUGCGCUCGGCAGGCACGCGCUUUGGAACGCAAUUCAUCGCAGUGUCUCGUCUGCGCGCCGUUCGCCAGCAGCUGACGGCGAUGGUGACACACAAGUAUUGGCCGGAGAAGGGGGGGAACACGCUGACGGGAGCGGAUUUCGAGGGGUGGGUGAUGGACUCGGGGUGGUGGAAGAAGGCGGAUGUCUUCCUGUCCGUGAUGGAGCUGUUAUACAACGUGAUGCGGAGGACGGAUUCAGCGGUAAAGGGGAUGAUGGGCCAGCUCUACGACAUCAUGCUGCAGCUGACGGAGGAGUUGGAUAAGCGGUUGGAUGGGAAGGAGUGCAAGCGGAGCAGGGCGGAUAAGGACAUGGUGCGGGAGCAUUUGAGGAGGCGUUGGGACGAGAGCCUGGCUUGCCCCUUCCACGUGGCAGGCCGGAUCUCGAACCUGGCCAACCAGGAGGAGGGGAUUUUUCUGCAGGAUGUGGAGUGCACCAGGGACAUGCAUGAGUGGCUGGAGCGCCAAAAGGCCUUCGUCGACACGUACUGGAAGAAGUCUCGCGGGAAGAAGUCCCGCGGCAAGAAGGGACCGGUGCGGCCACUGCAUGAGGGGGUGACGGCCUACAUCAACCGCGAUGGAGGAUUCGGCAUGCAGACCGCGAUCGAGGGGCGCGAGCAGAUUCAGUUAAGGAAGGGGAAUGUGAUGUUGUGGUGGCAGUACAAUGGAUGGGAGUACGCCGACCUGGCGCGCAUUGCGCGGCGUUCGCUGUCCCAGCCCGUUUCCGCUUCCCCGUGCGAGCGGAACUGGUCUACAUGGGAUGGCGUGCACACGGCGCGCAGGAACCGGCUCGGCAUCCAGGUGAACAGCAGCAGCACGAGAAAAACCAAAGCGCCAAGAGCAGCAAUGCCAACAAUGAAUUCGUUCGAUAAACUGCCACCAGACUGGGAGGGAGACGCUGCAGGCUCACUAGGAGGUGGAGAGGGUGUGGGCACUGGCGAUGGCGAGCGUGCAUUUAUGGAGUAG